AUGAGGAGCCUUCUCCUAACCCUGUAUGCUGCCGGCCUGGUCGCCGGCCUCCCUCUCGGAGCGCGGGACGCUUCGCGAGUCGACGCACGGGCAUUCCCGGUCCUCAAGCUGCCGAACGUGCCGGAGCCGGACCCUAAAUUCGAUGCGAGGGCGUUUCCGAUUCUCAAGCUGCCGGAGGCGGCGCCGGAGAUUGCUCCGACGAUCGAAGAUCGGGCGUUCCCCGUCCUCAGCCUGGCCGACGUCGCCGAGCUCGACCUGGCGACGCGGAACGACGGCAUCGUCUCGGCCCCGGCCCUGUACCAGAUCCCCGACGGCGGCGGCGGCUUCGUGCUCUUCUACGGCUCCCACUGCUGCUCCAGCGACGACUGCGACGCCGAGUACGCCUUCUCGCCGACCAUCGACGGGCCGUACGCGGACAACCGCGGCAUUUUUGGUCCGGGUGGCCUCGACAUCGACCCGAGCGGCCGCUCCGCGCCAAACCGGGGCGCUGGCAAGCGCCAGCUGUACAGCGCUGUGCUGACGAUUAAUGGUCGGCUGAUCGAGUUUUGA